UAUAAAAUGCCCAGUGCUUGACACAGCAGUAUUUGGUUGACUUAGCUUCAGUGAGAUUUAAGCAAGAAACUCUGGAUUAUGAGAAAAGUAACAGAAAAUACUGGGAAUCAGUUUAUUGAGUUCAGUGUCUCAGCGUCUCUCCUGCCUUCUCCAUGCAGCCGGUUGUCAGUGUGUGGGUGAGGGACCCGCGGAUAAGAAAGAAUGACUUUUGGCAUGCCUACAUAGAUUAUGAAAUUUGUUUACAUACCGACAGUGUGUGCUUCACAAAGAAGGUCUCAAGUGUAAGAAGGAGGUUUAGUGAGUUUGUAUGGCUCAGGCAGAAACUACAAGAAAAUUCAAUGCUCAUGGUACAGCUACCAGAACUUCCCCCAAAGAACCCUUUCUUUAGCCUGAACAAUGCCCAACAGAUCACUGAUCGGAUGAAAGGCCUCCAAAAGUUUCUGGAACAAGCCCUCCAGAGCCCUCUGCUGCUGUCCGACAGUUUGUUGCAUCUUUUCCUGCAGUCACAGCUCAGCGUGUCCAAGAUGCAGGCCUGUGCAGCUGGAAGGACACACUAUUCUGUGGCCCAGGCAGUAAAGAAUUGUGGUCUGAGGCGUUUCCACUCUGAGGAGGAUCUGAAGAAGGACCUGAGCAUGUCCUGUGACUCUGACUCUGACAGCUCAGAGUGUCGAGGUCCAGAACCUCGGAUUAAAGCUUUGGCAUUUAAGAAAGCAGCUAGUUCGGCUUUACUCGAUCUCAAGGGGACCAGCCAGGAGGAAAACUUAAGCUGCACAUCUGAGUCUACAUGAAAACAUCAUCAGCAUCAGCUCACUGUGAGACAUGAUUUGACCUGAGAGGAAGAUAUUUGCCUGUUACCCUGUCAUACUGCACUUUUCGUUAUGUAUAUCUCUUAAUUAUUUCACUUGUAAAAAUCAAAAGCUUUUGUGCUCCCACAAAGACAUUUGAGUUUGAAAUAUGUAAUGAAAUGUCGUUUAAAUGCACAAUUUUAUUUUUUGAAUCCUUGUUACUAGUCUGUUCUAAUCUGUACAGCUAUAAGGCAAUGGCAACAACUUUCCUGAAGAUGGCAGUGUUGCUACAUUCAUGUGAUUGCAUUUUCCCUUCACCCAUUCACAUCUGCUGUCACUGUCCAUAUUUACUUCAUAAACAAUUUUAGCAAAAGAAUCAUUCUAGAUAUUCACAAGAUUCAUUUUUCCAGAUAUGUGCAGAAAACAAUGAAAUAUUUUAUCCAGUGACAGCCGACACAGGAGCUUGUCAUCUAGUGGCCACUGCAGUGCUUAGCAGUAUGACAUGUAGUAGAGUCUCUGUACAGUUUCCAUACAGCUCCCCCGUCAGGUGUGGGGCUGGCAGGAGGUCAUGAGGGAUCCCAAAGGACUCUCUCCUGCAUGAGAAGGCUGUUAGGUAGACAGGCUUCAUUGUUCCCCGCUGAACAAAAUGCCAGCUGCACUGACAGGCUACCUUUCCUAUCUGUCUCUCUCACAGUGUACUUUCACUGCAGUCGCAUAUCUCUCUACAUAUCUGUGCAUGUGUGUGCAGAGUGUGCUCCCACAGCGAGCGGCACCAUGCUUAUGCAGAGGUAAUGACCACUUAACAGUGACGGCAUACUGACAUAUCUGCAGAGCUAAUUACACUAUAGGUUUGUCACUCUGCAGCAGCGUUGAUGUUCAUUAUUAUUACUUCAGAGUAUACAAAAGGAUUGUGUAGGUUGAGAACAAUCAGAUGUGGGUGUAAAGUGUAUGUUUGAUCAUGUGCAUCCACUUAUGGUAACGUAGCACAAUGUGGAUGAUGUCUUUGUCAGUCAUAGUGUAGGUGGGCAUUACCCUGCACCUUCAAACACAUGCACUAAGGCUGUUAUUAUGUAUGAAUAACAAAUUCAUAUAUUGCUGUCUCUUUUUUACACUGUAUUAUCGACAGACCUUUGAAUAAAAUAUCCAAAAAUUG